GUUUUCUAAUGAAACAAUUUUAAUUUUUUUAGUAUUUCAAUUUUAAUAAUAUUCAUAUUAAUUCGUUCUAUUAACUGUUUUGACUGAGGAAAUUAAAAUAAAUAAAAACUGAAAUAUGAUACUUUAUUAUACAGAUUGAAUUGUGAUAUAACACAGCUGAUGACGAUUUCAUAAACUUUUCAAUAGAUAAACAAAGUCAAGUUCCCAAUAUGGAACAAAAUAAUAGAAGAAGAACUGAUUUAGAAGUCGCCAGUUUUGAUAGUGGUGAACCAGGAUUUGAUAGAGCACGCAUGAGAAGACAAUCAGGUGGCUUUGUUGAUUUAGGAAAUGAAUCACAAUACGGAACCGGUGGACACCAAGCUUCAGGAGCUAACGAAAUAUUUGCUGACGUGCAGGGUGAUGUUCCAUGGUGGAAGUCCAACUUUUUUAUUUCACAGCCAGUUCUGUUUGGAACAUGGGAUGGAGUAUUUACUUCAUGUCUUAUAAACAUAUUUGGUGUGAUUGUAUUUUUGAGAUCUGGUUGGAUGGUGGGACAGGCAGGCUUAGUUAAUGCUGUCUUAAUAGUAUUUUUUACAGUAUUUGUUGCAUUGAUCUCAGUUCUUUCUGCUGUUGGAAUUUGUGAAAGAUGUAGAAUUGAAAGUGGUGGAGUAUACUUUUUGCUAGCUCAUACUCUUGGCUCUAGAAUGGGUGGAGCAUUAGGAAUGGUUUAUUGUUUUGGACAAGCUGUUGGAUGUGCAUUAAAUGUGUUUGGAUUUGGUGAAUCUAUGGCUAGUCUUGUUGGAACAGAUAAUACAUGGGCAGCUCGAGGGUUUGCAGUUUCAGCUGUUCUUCUAUUAGGCACUAUAAAUGUUGCUGGAGUUAAGUGGGUCAUAAAACUUCAAUUUGUUCUACUUCUUAUAAUAUUAGUAGCUGCGCUUGACUUUUUCGUUGGGUCUUUUACAACAAUACCAGAUGUGGAGUUUAAAGGUUGGCUUGGUGGUACUAUAGGAAAUAACACUUGGGCAGAUUAUCAAGAUGGUUAUACAUGGUUUAAAUGUUUUGGUGUGUUUUUCCCUACUAUAACUGGAAUUUUAGCAGGAAUAAAUAUGAGUGGUGAUUUAAGGAAUCCAUCUAUUAAUAUACCUAAUGGUUCUCUUGCUGCUAUAAGUACAGGGACAUUUCUAUACCUUAUGUUUGUGAUAACAUUAGCAGCAACAGUAACAAGGGAGGCAUUGCUAACAAACUUUUCAAUUACAACUGACAUGUCAGCUGUUAAAGUACUUUUACUUGCGGGAUUAUAUGUCAGCUCCAUGAGUUCUUGUUUAGGUGCCAUGUAUGGCACUCCUAGAGUACUGCAAAGUAUAAGCAAUGAGAAAGUUAUUCCUGGAUUGGAGGUCUUAGGCCAUGGGAGAGGACCCAACAGAGUGCCUAUUUACUCCAUGGUUGUUGUAGCAGUAGUGACGGUAACAUUCAUCAUCAUAGGGGACAUUAACAAACUUGCACCAAUUGUAACCAUGCCCUUUUUGAUCACAUAUGCUAGCAUUGAUUAUUCUUAUUUUGCCCUCGCUCAAACAUUUGAUUUGCAACAUCGACGUGAAAUGAGAUUUCAGGGGCACUCACAGCGAGACCCACAAGUUUACGGUGCGACUGGAAGUGACUUGGAUUUAUUAUUUCCUGAGAGAAUCCGACAUAAAACUGUUGGGGAUUUCACACCAUCGCCAACUGAUUCGGCGAUCAUGAAUGGUCGUACAUCAAAUGAAGAGGUUCGGCCUCCAAUAAAUGUACAUUCCAAAAAUAAAAAUUGGUAUUCUCAUUUAUGUAAUAGAUGGCUUUCACUGGCUGGUGUGGCCGUAAAGCUUCUACUCAUGUUCUUAGUUCAUUGGAUGUAUGCAAUUGGCUGCUUGCUUAUUUUGUGGCUGUUAUGGUUAUAUAUUGGAGCAGCAAAUCCUGCCGUAAAGCCAGGCCGAGCAUCGGAAUUUCGCUUCUUUCAUUGGUUGAAAAUAUCCUUCUUACAAGCUAUUGGAAAGCGACCGCUAGAAUAUGAACAAUUAGUGGUAACGCCAGUCCAUGCCGAUGUUUCAAUGGAACAGGAAAGACUGAAUGAUGACAAUGAAGACUUCGCUUCUCGCAGACGCUACCAUCAAUCUACUGCCCUACAAACGCACCUCGUUAGUGUCGAUAGCUAAUUUAUUAUUUGCGAUAUAGUUGACCGUAAACAUAAAAUCAUAAUAACUGUCAAAUAAAUUUUUUAUCCUUUAAAUAAAAGUUCUGACUUUGAGUUGAAGUACAUAGAACAAUAGUCAUGUAAAAAACAAGAUUUUCUAAGCACUUAAAGAAGUAAUUCUAGUAACAUUUAAAUAAGAAUUGCUUUUGCAAUUGCAAAAAGUUUAUCCCUUAUUCCUUAUCUAAAUCAAUUAGCAAUUUUUUUAAACCUUCAUAUGUAAUAAUGUUUGCAUAUGAAGGGAAUUUUGGCAACUAAUGAUUUUUGGCUGAUUUGAAGCUGUAUAAAACAAAGAAUAAUUGAAUCUUGUAACUACUUACUAUAUUGUAGAGAAUUUUUCUAUUUUUGUUAAAAUUAGUGUUAUUAUUUAUUAUAUCUUUUAUAAUAACUUUAAUAGACAAUUGCUUUUUCUAAAGGACUUAUCAGUAACAUUGUAAGAGACAGGUACAAGGUCAUGCAUGCCAUGUACGCCAAUAGCUUGGAUUAAUAUUUUUACUUUUUAUUUUCAGCCAUUUAGAAAUAGUUUCUUUUAAUUCUUUAGAAACCCUAUGAGUACCCUAUAAAUAAGCAUUAGACUCUAAAGAGUAUAAUGCUUAUUUAUGCCAAUAAAAGAUGUUUAAAUUAUAUGUACUUUGUGUAAAAAUUAAAUUUGGCAAAUUAGCAAUGAAACAUUGUAUAUACUUACAUGAUUUUUUGAAAGUGAAUGUUCUAUACAUACCCAACUUACAUUAAAGUGUUAUGCAUGAUUUUUUAUAUACCGUGAGUGACGACGGAAUUAUAUUUUUAACCGUUUUAGGUAUAUUUAUAAGGCUAAUUUAUAUUAAUUGUAAC